UUCAUGUCUCUGUUGUUUCUCUUUUAUUAACAUACCCUCACAUUGCCUGCCACCGUCCCUCUAACGCUGCCAUCCUGCUUGUCCAAGCGUCUGGGUUAUCGCGAUAGUAACGACCUGCUUCAUCUUUCUUAAACCACCAUCUACUCCACCUUCCCGCCGUUGCUUUCCAAACGGCAAUGCCUACAAGAAACCGUCGUUCGUCGCUACGGAACCGACAAGUGCCGUGGGUAGGAGACAAACAAUGACACUAUCGAUUGCGACCGUUGUUACAUUUUGCGUGCAAUGUCAGCGCCAGCGCGCUUCCAAAACGAACUUGCAUACAGAUCUCGUCUCCCACCUCCGUACACCACACAUCACUGGGGGGAUGCAGGGAACGGAUUGCCAUACGCCAGCCAUGCACUUUCUCCUCCACAGUACUUUGCGCACACGCAUUGUCUUGCAAGACCGCUCAGCUCCGUGAAGGAGAAAGCUGGGUGGCCUUGGGCUUUUCAGCGUUACGACCAACGUUCCUGACCCAACCGUCUCGUUCGUGAUGAGUACGUGUUCUCCAAGACAGUGUCUGAAGGUAAAGGAGUAAACAUCCGAAUAUGAUCCCCCUUUCACUCGUAGUGAAAUAAUGGCAGGGCUCUGUCCAAACGUCCACGUACAACUUGCCAAAGGUAUACCGAAAGAAGAUGAUCAGCAAGCACCGGGGUGUUUACCGUUAAGAC